AUGUGGAGAAGAAUCGUUUCCUCUCAUUUGAAAACCCUAGCCGCCGCUGCUUCGCCUCGUCGAUCGGUAGCAGCCACCGCGAGACCCGUUGGCUUCUAUCUCUCAGCCAAUCGAUCAGCCAUAUCUGCUUCUUCUUUCGUUAUCCCUCGCCAUUUCAGCUCCGAGUCAGUAGAGACCCCAGCGAAGAAGAAGGUGGAGGAUGUAAUGCCCAUUGCUACUGGACAUGAGAAGGAGGAGCUUGAAGCUGAAUUGGAGGGGAGGAGGCUGCUUGACAUUGACUUCCCUGAAGGUCCUUUUGGAACAAAGGAAGCUCCUGCUAUUGUGAAGUCAUACUAUGACAAGCGAAUUGUGGGAUGCCCUGGUGGUGAAGGUGAGGACGAGCAUGAUGUUGUGUGGUUCUGGCUGGAGAAAGGAAAGUCUUUUGAAUGCCCGGUUUGCACCCAGUACUUUGAGCUGGAAGUGGUUGGUCCUGGUGGGCCUCCGGAUGGUCACGGUGAUGAAGAUGAGCACCACCACUGA